UAUCUCUCUAUUCUUCUUCUUUCUAAUUAACCUCUCCUUCUCAUGGCUUCUCCCAUCUCAAAUUCUUCUUCAACUCUCUACAGCUUAUUUUUCUUUGGCCUCUUGCUUUCAUUUUCGUUUGCUGGUCGUGCUCGAGCUAACCCCAAUUACCGAGACGCCUUGGCUAAGUCGAUAUUGUUUUUUGAAGGACAACGCUCCGGUAGGAUCCCGGCUAACCAACGGAUCACUUGGAGGUCCAACUCCGGCCUCUAUGAUGGUGAACUUGCUCAUGUGGAUUUAACCGGCGGCUACUACGACGCCGGCGACAAUGUAAAAUUCAAUCUUCCGAUGGCUUUCACAACCACAAUGCUUUCAUGGGGAGCACUCGAGUACGGGGCGCGUAUGGGUAGCGAAUUAGGCAACACACGAGCCGCCAUCCGUUGGGCCACCGAUUACCUUCUCAAGUGCGCGACCGCCACUCCAGGCAAGCUCUACGUCGGCGUGGGAGACCCUCACGCCGACCACAAGUGCUGGGAACGGCCUGAGGACAUGGAUACUGUUCGAACCGUAUACUCUGUUUCUGCCGGGAACCCAGGAUCGGAUGUUGCCGGAGAGACCGCGGCCGCACUGGCCGCCGCGUCGUUGGUGUUCCGACGAGUUGAUAGGAAGUAUUCACGGGUGUUGCUGGCGACGGCGAAGAAGGUGAUGGAAUUUGCGUUGGAGCACCGUGGAUCGUAUAGUGAUUCGCUUUCCUCUGCUGUUUGUCCUUUUUAUUGCUCUUAUUCCGGAUAUAAGGAUGAAUUGGUGUGGGGAGCAGCAUGGCUUCUAAGAGCAACAAAUGAUGUUAAAUACUUCAAUUUGUUGAAGUCAUUGGGAGGUGAUGAUGUGACUGAUAUCUUUAGUUGGGACAACAAAUUUGCUGGUGCUCAUGUCCUUUUGUCUAGGCGGUCGUUAUUAAACAACGACAAGAACUUUGAUUUGUACAAACAAGAAGCUGAGGCAUUCAUGUGCCGAAUUCUACCAAAUUCUCCCUCCUCCAGUACCAAAUACACUCAAGGGAGAUUGAUGUUCAAGUUGCCAGAAAGUAACCUCCAAUAUGUGACAUCCAUAACGUUUUUGCUCACCACAUAUUCCAAAUACAUGUCUGCAGGCAAACACACAUUCAACUGUGGCAACCUUGUCGUUACUCCAGCUUCCCUGAAAAACCUUGCUAAGAUUCAGGUGGAUUAUAUAUUAGGAGUGAACCCAUUGAAAAUGUCAUACAUGGUGGGAUAUGGAAAAAACUUCCCAAAGAGAAUUCACCAUAGAGGAUCUUCGCUGCCUUCCAAGGCCACCCACCCUCAGGCUAUUGCCUGUGAUGGUGGCUUCCAACCCUUCUUCUAUUCCUACAACCCCAACCCUAAUAUCUUAAUUGGUGCUGUCGUCGGCGGCCCCAAUCAAAGUGAUGGCUUCCCUGACGAUCGCACUGAUUACAGCCACUCUGAACCUGCUACGUACAUCAAUGCUGCUCUUGUUGGACCUCUUGCAUUCUUCUCGGGCAAACAUUGAUUCAAAAAUACAUAUUGUAGUUUAGAGAUCAAUCACUUCUUACAUGUUGAAAGUACGAUCUCAUGUUAUAGUAAUGGUAAAUAUACAUGGCUAUGGCUAGAUUGAUCCCCAAAGGGUGGAUGGAAAUUAGUCUUUUCCUCUGUUUUUAUCUUUAACAGUUUGUCAUUGUUUUGUCCCAUCACCAAAAAGGAAUAUAUGUGACAAAGAUGGCAAAUCAAAUUAAAAGUUUACCUUUUUAGUUUCUUCUA